AUGGCCGCCGCUGCCGUGCGCCGCGGCCCCGCCCCGGGCGCGCCGCCCGCCGGCGCCGAGGGCGGGCGCCGCAGCCUCGCCAGGUGGGGUUGCGCCGCCGCCGCCGGGCUGGCCCUGGUGCACUUCGGGCCGGAGCUGGCCGCGCUGGCCGCGCACGGCAGCGCCAGGCACGUGCCCGGCCCGGUGGGCCUGCGCAGGCUGUGGGAGGCGGGGCUGCGCGACCGGCCGCGGCAGCUCGGCGGCACCCGCUUCGCGCGCGCGGAGGCCUACUUGCACGGCCCCUCAGGGCGCAGCGGCCCGGUGCUGCCCGAGGUCGGCAUCGGCUGACCGAUACACAUCCCCACUGUCGGGGGUUGCUGAAGGUGCUUCUGGCCCAAGGUGCCCCCAGCUUUCGGUCAAAUUUG